UGCUGCCGGCGAGGCGGCGAGGUAUGCCCGCGGCAUGGCCCGGCGCUGCAGCCCCGCGGCGCUGCUCUGGAGCCUCGGCCUCCUCGGGCUGUGCUCAGGGGUAUGGGGUACAGACACAGAGGAGCGACUGGUGGAACAUCUCCUGGAUCCUUCCCGCUAUAACAAGCUUAUCCGUCCAGCCACCAAUGGCUCUGAACUGGUGACAGUACAGCUGAUGGUAUCACUGGCCCAGCUCAUCAGUGUGCAUGAGCGGGAGCAGAUCAUGACCACCAAUGUCUGGUUGACCCAGGAGUGGGAGGACUACCGCCUCACCUGGAAGCCUGAGGAGUUCGACAAUAUGAAGAAAGUUCGACUCCCUUCCAAACACAUCUGGCUCCCAGAUGUGGUCCUGUACAACAAUGCGGAUGGCAUGUACGAGGUGUCCUUCUAUUCCAACGCGGUGGUCUCCUACGACGGUAGCAUUUUCUGGCUGCCACCUGCCAUCUACAAGAGCGCCUGCAAGAUUGAAGUGAAGCACUUCCCAUUCGACCAGCAAAACUGCACCAUGAAGUUCCGCUCCUGGACCUACGACCGUACGGAGAUCGACCUGGUGCUCAAGAGCGAUGUGGCCAGCCUGGACGACUUCACACCCAGCGGGGAGUGGGACAUUGUGGCCCUCCCGGGCCGGCGCAACGAGAACCCCGACGACUCCACGUAUGUGGACAUCACCUACGACUUCAUCAUCCGCCGCAAGCCGCUCUUCUACACCAUCAACCUCAUCAUCCCGUGCGUGCUCAUCACCUCGCUGGCCAUCCUGGUCUUCUACCUGCCCUCGGACUGCGGCGAGAAGAUGACCCUGUGCAUCUCUGUGCUGCUGGCGCUCACCGUCUUCCUGCUGCUCAUCUCCAAGAUCGUGCCGCCCACCUCCCUGGACGUGCCGCUCGUGGGCAAGUACCUCAUGUUCACCAUGGUGCUUGUCACCUUCUCCAUCGUCACCAGCGUAUGUGUGCUCAACGUGCACCACCGCUCUCCCACCACGCACACCAUGGCGCCCUGGGUCAAGGUCGUCUUUCUGGAGAAGCUGCCCACUUUGCUCUUCAUGCAGCAGCCGCGCCACCAUUGUGCCCGCCAGCGCCUCCGCAUGCGGCGUCGCCAGCGAGAGCGCGAGGGCGCCGGGGCCCUCUUCUUCCGCGAAGCCCCCGGGGCCGACUCCUGCACCUGCUUCGUCAACCGCGCCUCGGUGCAAGGCUUGGCCGGGGCUUUCGGGUCGGAGCCUGCGCCCGUGGCCGGCUCGGGCCGUUCUGCGGGACCCUGUGGCUGUGGCCUCCGGGAAGCGGUAGACGGCGUUCGCUUCAUUGCCGACCACAUGCGGAGUGAGGACAACGACCAGAGCGUGAGUGAGGACUGGAAGUACGUGGCCAUGGUGAUCGACCGUCUGUUCCUCUGGAUCUUCGUCUUCGUCUGUGUCUUUGGCACCAUCGGGAUGUUCCUGCAGCCUCUCUUCCAGAACUACACCAGCACCACCCUGCUCCACGCGGACCCCUCGGCUCCCAGCUCCAAGUGAGCGGUGCGCAGCCCCCUCCUCCUCCAGCCCUUGACCCUGGUGUCCGGUAGCCGUGGUUGGAGGUGGAUGAGUGGGCUUCCAGGAAGAGGGGUGCUGUCCCCCAGAGCCGCCCUCUCACCUCACGUGGAGCCCCGACACUCCGUCUCCACAUCUGGGCCUGCAGAAUGGGAGCGGCUGCAUUUGGGCUUCUCCUCUCACCACCCCUGACAGUGACGUCAGUGUGGAGGACGGGGGCACAUGGAGGACCGAGAGGCCAGAGCCCUCCCCCCCCCCCGAGGAGGGAGAGAGGGAAGGGCCAAGAGGGGACAGAGUCACCCAAGUCCUGGGAGAGGGGCCAUAUGGCAGGAGGGGCAGUGGCACAGGAUCUCAGAAGGGAGGAGUAGAGCAGAGAGUGGAGCCUGGUGUGACCUGAUGUCCACCCCUGUGUCAGUGGGCAGCAGCCCGGCUGGGUAGGCCUCCUGGCAUCUGAGGUUCCUGCACCGAGGGCUUAGCCCGGGGAGGCCUCCAGCUCAGUCCACAGCCAGCGCCCCUAGGGCUCCAGAGCCCAUCCCCAGCCCCGCUUCUGCCCAGUGGAGGACCCCGCACCUCCUGGCCUUCCCUCUCCUGCUCAGGCGCAGGGGGAAAUGGGCAGAGCCAGGUUCUCAGGGGAGCUCCGAGUUCUGGAUCUUUGGGUGCUUGGAGUCUGAGGCCCAAGCGAUUGAGCUGUGUGAGAAGUGCAAGUUCAUGAGCUCUGGGAGCUGGAAGCACCUUUUACAGUCACGGAUCCCAAAGGAGGCCAUGUCCUAGAUGGACAAACGGAACCAGACCGCGGCCCAUCCGACUGGGCUGCCCUGUGGCCCUCACUUUGAACUGCGUGAAGAGAGGCGUGUGAGGACCUUAGCCCGCCGGACCUGAGCUGCUGGGACAGCUGCCGGGGGAAGCCACCUGGGCAGGACGGCCGGGCCAGCACUGUGCCUGCGGAGACUCCUUCCCUGCCCUCUUCACUAACCCCAGUAGGUUGCCACAGAAGUGCAGGAGGUCACAGGAAGCAGGACUUCUGCUGCCCGUCCUGGGGUCCCUGCAGGCUGCAUUCUGGCACGGCUCCCAGGGUCCUCCUGCUGGAGGCCACCUGACCCAUUAGCCCAGGAAGCGGAUCUAUCGAGGGACCUCCUGUCCCUGCCCCCACCGUGUGGGGCUUGGAUCUGUGGUCCCAGUCUGUGUUUGGCGCUGGGCCAGCAGAUGGCCGGUCAUAGAGACGUCAGUCUGCCAUUGCUCCCCAGGGAUGGGGCCCGACCUGGUCAUUCAGUGCUCUGAGCCCAGUGGGAUCUGCUGCUUCUCCAGGCACAGGGGACAUGGGAGGCUUGCUGAUGUGUGGGUGGGAGGGGACACUGCACAAAGAGUGCUGGACAGGGAUUCCGGAAGCAGAGUUCUAGGCUCCGCUCUGGUACGUACUCAUUGAGCCAUCCCCAGCAAGCCCCUUUGCCCAUGUGGGCUCUGCAGAUCCAACGCAGGCCUCCUCACGCAUUCCAGGUGAGCAGUCUAUGACUGAAACGCAGCCCCACCCUUUAAUGCUUCUGAGCGGCUGUUGUCCAGGUUAGUGACCAAACUGUGCUCGAGGGGGUGUCAGUGAGUAGUCUGACUCCUCUCCGUGUCCCAUUUGUCACACUGGGAAACUGAGGCCCAGAGGUCAUUUGCUGUCUGGUCUCAUGUAGGCACCGCUCUCUGAACUUGCUGUUCUGCAUGUGUACAGCAGGAUGGCAGCGGGCAGGGGCUGAAGAGGGGAGGAAGGAGGUCAGUGUAUGGGACUUUGUCCACUUUGGGGGUAGCCCCUUUGGGGACCAUUGCAGUAAGGGAGGAGGGGAGGGCAGAGGUGGUGAAGGAGGGCCCCACUGCCCGGGCAAGGAAAUGCCACAUGUCGGUACCGUGGGAGCCCUCAAGGACAUUGGCAAAUUUGGGGAACCACAGUUCCUCUUCCUCGGGUCCCACACCCUCUUCCCUUGGUGGUGCCAGGGAGCCCCUGUCUCCUUUCCAUGGUGGGGCUGCACCUGGGUACAAGGCUCAGCGCUAGGCAAGGAUGAGCAGGCCCUGGAGCUGAGGAGGGGGUAGACAAACUGCAUGGGGACCUGGGACAAGGACUUGGGAGGAGGCAAUGAGAGAGGAGAUGGGAUCACCCAUCAGAGGUGACCUGGUCACAGUGACUUGGUGGCCAUCUUUGGGAAGAAGGUGUGCACAGGCUUUCUGCCUUGCUUUCUGCCUUGCCUGGCAGCGAGGUGUGCAAUCCUCCAACAGCUGGUGCCAGGUUAUUGAAAGUUAAAAGCAAACAAGAUGCAGGCAUCUCCCCAGAUGGCAUGUUCCGCAGGAGGGCGUCUGCGGAGGAAGGGCAGGGCCAUUCCCUCCAAGGAAAUAGGAUGACUGGAGCUUAGACCCCUGUUUCCGCCUCUCCAAAUCCCAGGGUUAGCUACCGCUUACCAAGGGUCUGUUCUGGGCCAGUCCCUUUAGAUGCACUGUCUUUAUUCCUCAAAAUAGUCCUGUGGGGAGGGCCCCAGUUGGCAGAAGAGACCAAGUGACAGCUGAUGGGUAGUGCUGGCCCCUCAACCCAAGAGUGCCCCAACGUCCAGGCAUGUGCUAUGGCCCUUGAGGAAGAGGAAGGUGGGGGGCAUCCAGAGCCUUCUCUGAAUCACUCCCCAUGCCAGAGUGACUUGGUUCCUGUUGUCACCCUCUGCUUCUAGGCAGCAGUGGAUUGUAGCAUUCUUCACAGCACAAAGAGCACUGGCCAGCCUCCCGUCCACUCACCCUGCCCAGACAGGACAGUCACCUUUUAAUAGUUAUCCCAACAGGUCUAAAAGGUGGGUGCGAUAGUCACAUUGUUCCUGAGGGACUUUAGCUCUAGAAAUCUGUAGGACACCUCACUCACCCCCACCGCGCUGCCCGCCUCCCCACGCCGCCCUUGACCUCCUCUGUCUGCGCGCCUGGAGUAUCUGCACUGGUCUGGCCCGCCCCUGGCUGGACUCACUAGGAACUCAAGAUUCUCGUAAAGAAAGUAGUUUCCAA